AAAAUGAGCGGUCGUGGAAAGGGAGGAAAAGGAGGGGCAAAGCGUCAUAGGAAGGUUCUUCGUGAUAACAUUCAGGGUAUCACGAAGCCAGCUAUCCGUCGACUUACCCGCCGUGGCGGUGUAAAACGUAUUUCUGGUUUGAUCUACGAAGAAACACGCGGUGUUCUCAAAGUUUUCCUUGAGAACGUAAUUCGUGACGCCGUCACUUACACUGAACAUGCAAAAAGGAAGACUGUUACUGCCAUGGAUGUGGAUUAUGUUUUGAAACGUCAGGGUAGAACCCUUUAUGGUUUUAGUGGCUAA